CCCCAGCGAAAUAAUGGAUGUCGAACCCAGACUGGUGGAACCAGAUGCUUGACGUUCUCUGCGCCACACGGGUUCGCUGUGGAAUUUCCAGCUACCAUGAUAUAACUUUCUCGCUCUCCGUUAAAAAUGUUGGACGAACUUCACCGUUCCCAGAGUUGAUUAUGUCAAACAUGGGGGCACGCGUUGCACGGUUAUUUAGGAAUUUUAACUUAGAAAACCGGGUACAUCGUGAGAUCGGGAAGGCAAAACCUGAAGCGGCACCUCGACAUCAGACCCACAUUGAUCCUGUUCAGAGUACACAGGGUGAGUUGAUUUUGUUUCCUUCAGUUACUGAGAUCUCUGAUGCCAUCCACAAGAGAAACGACCCUCUACUGGGGUUCCUGAAGUCCGUUUAUGUGGAAUCAAAGGAUCCUACAGAGGCUCCAAAGGAGGUGACUGAGGAGAAAGAGGAGCGCAGGCCACUAAUGUUCAGCCUACCUGGGGACCCCUAUGGUAUUGUUGAGAUCAGUGAUGUCCCUAAAGGCAAACUGUCUAUUAUUGAGGCCCUCAAAGCUCUCAACAAUCACAAGAAUGCUCCCCAAACAUGGACAGUGGACAAGGUCGCCCUGGAGUACUCUCUUGACUUAAAAGAUACUAAAGCACUUCUAGAGCAUUUCAUCCCCUUCGAGGUUAAGAUCAUACCACCAAAGACAGAGGAUGCAAAGAAGAUCAAAGAUAUCUAGGACGAAGAUGCAGUAUUCCUGGCCUUUAAACACAACAGCCAUCAGCCAAGUGUAUAUUAUUUAUUUGUGUUUGUUGUCCUUGUCCAAAUGAAACUGCAAUAUUUUGAGUUCUACAUACUGUAAUGAAAUGAGGGAGAAGCAUGAGGCUAGAUGGGCCAUUUGCAAAGGCAAAAAUUCAUGAAGACAAUUUGAUUUUUGGUUGUAAUUUAAGGUUAGAGUUAGGCAUUAGGGUUAGCAGUUGUGGUUAAAGGGAUACUUUGGGAUUUUGGCAAUGAGGCGUAAAUGGUAUCCACAAGUAAAUCUACCUCUGUGGAAGUAAAUAAAGGGUCACACUGCCAAAAUCCGGAAGUAUCCCUUUAAGGUUAGGAUUAAAAUCUGAUGUUCUGGCUGUGCCAGCUAGUGACCACUCUGCAGAGCUGCCUCCAGGGCAAGAUUCAUGACAAUAAAUGACAACCUGCAAUUUGAACCCAGUACACUAGGGUCCAGAGCCAGACAUUACUACUGCUCCAAAAAGAUGACGCCCUUGUGGAAGUGCUAAUCAGUGUUAUAAACGCCAAGGUCGUAAAAAAAUAAAAAGGUUUGUGACCGAAUCUUUCAAUCUCGAUACACAUUUAAUAAUCACUAGGCCUGCAUUAAAGAUGAAAUCCGCAGUAGGGGGAAACAGCGCCACUGGCCACCCCACCACAGGCAGUACAUAUCGGGCAGUACAUAUUGUGCUCUUCUAUCGCGUGUGCAAUGAUGUCCGAGGGGAGAAAACAGUGUUUGUUGUUUGCAGUAACUUCUUUGUUGUAAUAUUGCACAUGGACGUGGCUUUUUCACCAUUAAGGAUUCCAGCUUGAACCAAUUAGGCCUAUAUUAUAUAAUUAUAUGACUGAUAGCUAUGAUAUUUGGCCUGUAAAUUAAUUCAUGAUUAUUGGCAAACAUACUGUUUUUUUAAGGCCUUCAUCCCUGUAUGCCGAGUCAUAAUGCUACAUGUUCACAUACAACUGACCCAGUAGUAAAUGGAUCCCAGUUACAAAACUGGUUCUAGAUGCCAAUAAAUUGACUGUCACUUGCCAGUUGUGCAUCUCUCUGCAAGUAUCAAGCUACUCUUCUCUUCAAUUCGUCAUUUAUAUAAACAAAUGUUCUGUAUGUUUGUCAAUCCUGUUAUAAAGACUAGAAAUAAUUUAAUAUAUUUGACUUGUUUUUGUCUUCCAUGUGUGUCCAAGCAAGCAAGUACCCAAUGUAUCAUGAUAUGUAAACCUUCAGUGUGUAUCAAGUGAGGACCUCAGUGGCAACUGGUCAUUAUUAUGCUAUGAUAUGAAAACUUCCAUCCACCUUUGGGUCAGACUGAAUGUAUCUCUGUGUUUGGUGUGGGGAUAUCCUGCCAAUAACUUCUAUAGUUUAUAUAUAUACUUAGCUGGGCCAUUUUAUGAAUGAGUGAAUAAUCAUGAUGCCAUUAUUUACUUGCCACUAAUGUUGAAGAUGUAGAUUAAAGGGAUGUUUGAGAGAUAUUCAGUACAUUAUAAAUGUAAGUCAUGUGGAAAUAGAUUGAUUUAUUAUGGAAGGGGGUGCCCAGGUAAUAAGGAAGUAUUGUAUUGUAGGGUUAAUACUUUGACAUGGCUAACAGUGUCAUGUGCUGUGGCCUCCUCCACUUUGUGAUGAAGUUAUAAACUCUUAUUCAUGGAGUAUGAGUAGUGGGUUCUUUGUUGAUUCAGUAGCAAUUUUGUGAGGUUAUUUUGGUUCGAUGGUCUCAAUUUUCACAGCUUGCUGUAAACGCACAAUUUUUGCAAAAUAAAGGACAUUGUUUUUAAAA